AUAAUUGCCAUUGGUAAUAACGCACGUUUUUCCAUAGAGUUCUGUACAGCUUCAGGCUUUUGUACAGCUAACAUACCGUACACGGUGUUAAUGUUAACGCAAACCAGCUGGUCAAGUUAAAAAAGGACAAUAAGAGACCGAAUACGAGAUUGAUAUUCAUAAUCUAUAAAAAGGGAGAGCUAAUUUCUUCCCCCUGAGUACCAGGUACAAUUUGUUUUGAGACAGAAGUUCUAUCGCACAGAGAGGGAAACGAAGGAAACUUGAAAAUGACGGACGAAAUUCAGGUCCAGGAGGAAGAUAAUGAAGCGAUCUUUGAUCCAUCCAUGAAGAAGAAAAAGAAGAAGAAGAAGACGCCCUUUGACCUAGAUGCUGCCCUUGGUGGUGAAGCACAGAAUGAUGAAGCUGAAGCUGAUGCUGAUGCAUCGACAGAGAAUGUUGAUUCAGGGACCAAACCAGCUGAGAAGGAGGCGGAAGGAGAUGGAGAGACGACGACAAAGAAGGAGAAGACAUCCACAGAUAAUUUCGAUGAUCUUGAUCUAGAAGAUUUCACAGCCAUGAAGAAGAAGAAGAAAAAGAAGAAGACAGCUUUUGUCAUGGACGGUGUGGAAGCCGCCUUGCCAGAAGUGGAUGACAGUGCAAGCAAGGAGCAAGCUGAAGAAGAUGUUCCCAUGGCAACGGAAGAGAUGCCAGACAUGGAGGAUCUCGAUAUCACAAAACAGAAGAAAAAGAAAAAGAAAAAGAAGAAGCGAAUCGAGGACAUGGAAGGAGAAGAUACCGUUGAUGCUGUUAUUAGCAAAGAAGAAGAUAAUUCAGAAUUAAAGGACACGAGUGGUACAACGUGGGUAGGAACAGAGCGUGAUUAUACAUAUGACGAGUUACUGACGAGGGUGUUUGACAUCAUGAGGUCUAAGAAUCCUGACAUGGUAACGGGAGAGAAGAAGAGGUUUGUUAUGAGACCGCCUCAGGUCGUCAGGGUCGGAACAAAGAAGAGCUCCUUCGUCAACUUCACUGAAAUUUGUAAAAUGCUUCAUCGACCUACAGAGCAUCUUCUCAACUUCCUAUUAGCUGAGUUGGGUACAAGCGGGUCAAUCGACGGAAACAACCAGCUUAUCAUCAAAGGUCGCUUCCAACAAAAACAAAUGGAGAGUGUUCUGAGGAGAUAUAUCAAGGAAUAUGUAACCUGCCAUACGUGUAGAUCAUCAGAGACCUUCCUACACAAAGAGAAUCGACUCUUCUUCUUACAAUGCGAGAGGUGUCAGUCACGCUGUUCUGUCGCUAGCAUCAAGUCAGGUUUCCAGGCCCUUACAGGCAAAAGGGCACAAUUACGUGCCAAGGCAAACUGAAAGGGUUUUUCGUGUUUAUAUGUAAAAAGACCUUCUCUUUAUAACAAUGUUGUUCUUUACUGUAUGCAUAGAUAGAUAUGUUACAAUGAUAUUGGUACGCAUCAUGCACGGGCCAGAUGGACAAUUACUCAACCCUGUUUUCACAAUUCCCACUUUCUCUUUUUUUUCUAUUGGGUAGUAAUGAUAAUUUUGUCCUUCUACUUGUGUUUAUUUAUCCAUGAACCCUUAUCUUCUAAGUAAUUGUUCUUUGUUUAGUAUGUGUUCCCUUCAGAAUGUUUAAUUCAGUCUGAAGCUUGCACAAUUUGUUCUUUUAUUGGUGUUAACACUUUUAUGGCCGAAACCUUCAAAUACGUGUCACCAAUGAUCAUCUCCAGAGGCAGGGCAAUGAAAAAAGUCUUUAUGAGAGAUGCUUAACGGUUAAUAAACAUGUCUCUAAAAAGACGGGAAUUUAAAGGGUUAGUUAGCCCAGUGCAUGCUAUGUUUAUCAUUUGUUCUGUGUAUACGUCACCCUGUAUUUUAGUGUUUUGUCUGUUCUUUUGAACCUUUCACGAUUCUCUCUUGUUAUGAAUAUAUUCACUUUUAGCUUGUCACAUUUUUUUUGUUUUUUGUUUAACCUGACUGCUAAGAAAGCAUGUGUAACUAUGCUUGUAAGUGAGCAGCCAGGGGACCCACAGCUUUAAGUCUUCUCCUGGGGACUUGGUAAUGAAGAUUAAUGCCUUACCAAAGGGCACUGUGCUUCGAACCCUGGACCUCCCGGUUAUGAGACCACUGCUCUACCACUGAGCCUUCCCGCCUUCCUGUAUGGAAACGCCAAAUUAAACAAAAUUGAAUUGAUUAUUCAAAACUACACAUUGGAAGGGAUGUCUCUUGAACUUUUUCUGAUUAAUUUUGUAACAUGUCAGAUAAAGAGCAAUCUCUUAUUGUCUCCUUCUCAUAUUAUUCUCAUACACUGUUUUUCCCAGAGGAAACAAUCUACCAAAAUGUUUGGAACAACACAUUUUGAAUUUUUAUAAAUGGAUUCAAUAUCGGUACUUAAAACAAUCUGCAAUUUAGUUUGUGCUAGAAUUUUGAUUUGAUUAUUGAAUUGAUUUGACAAACUUACAAAUUGUAUCUUUGAUAUAAAAUCAGAGAUUCUUUGCAAACAAAUCUGUGUAGAAGUUUUUGAUUUGGAAUGACCGACUCUAUCCCUCUAGUUAAGUGAACACAAUUGCAAGCAAAAUAUUACACUGCAUGUAUAUUUACAAUUACCAGUACAGAAUAUAACAAAUCAAUUCCCUUUUCAACCUUGUGUUUGUUUCUCGUUAUUCAAGAUUAUUAUCUAAAUGAAUGAAGAGAUCAUAACAAUGUCAAUAUUUUUGUAUGCAGUAUGAUGUGGACACAUGGAUAUACAUUUAUCUUCACUGUUGGCAUAAGGGUGGAUCAUUUUGCUUACCUUUUUCAUGAAAUGAUUGUGACAAUAUGGUUUAUUCCUGAUAGAUGAAAAUAUAUAUCUUCUGAAAACUUUAUUGCUCAAUGUAAAGAGUAAUGGAUAAAUAAAGUUCUGAGAAGAAAUAAACUUUAUUUGUCAAGGAUAAAUCAUAAUUUUAAUUAUUCAUGAAAAAAGGUAAGAAAAAUCAUUGAAACUUUUUUGGCAACAAUUUAUCAUAAAGGGUGGUUUGUUUGUACUUAAUAGUUGAAAUAAUUACCAGCCCUGUACCACAUACAUUCAUUUAGUUCAACUUUCUGAAGAAGAGCUUACAGCAGGAAGAAAGUGUGUACUUCUAGUGUAUUCAAAUACACACAAACUCUCACAUUUAAUAUUUGGUGAGUUAAAUGUAAAAGAUAAUUCUUUUAUCAGAAGUUUUAUUCUGUAGAAAAAGCUUAAUCAGGUAUCAGAACACAAUACCUCUCACCAUUAUUGAUGAAGAACGCAAAUUAAGUACAAGAAGUUUUCUUUCUUCAAAUGGGUGGUGUAACUAUUGUUCACCUCAUCCUCCUCUAAAUAUUCUAAUGAGAUUUGAGUGAGCAAGUGUGUUUUACCACUCGGUCAUAUAUAUUUUUGACUUUCAUUUUCAGAGAUCCAACAUCUUUUGCCUUUAUAACAGAUUGUGUUGGUAGAGAACGUUGCCUUUUUCUUAUCCUGAGUUGACCCGAGUUUCAUUCCAUAACAAUUUUUGUUCUCAUUUGAAAGAAUUGUGAAUCAAAUCAAUCAUGAUGUGAUCUUGAUAGAAUGAUUAAAUUUUGAAGAGAUUUCAAUUGGA